AUGAAUUAGAGCAACAAAAGUCUCAACAGUACGAUGACUCGUAUUAAGCAAUUGUCAACAGGUCCACCUAUUGAAGUAGUGCCAAGCGAGAUCAUAUUUAAAGAUAUAUAGAUUAAUUAGACUUAUGAAAUUACUGUGUUCGUGAGAAACUUAACAUAGACUGCUCGGAGAAUUCGUGUAUUUCAACCUCAUUCUAACUUCAGAUGCGAUUAUGAAAUGCAGGGGUAUGUGUUUAUGAUGUAGAUUUAUAGUGCCAUAGCAGCUGGACUUUCAAUGAAACUGAUAGUAACAUUUGAAACAGCCAGUUUAGAGUAGUAUUAAGACAGUUUGAAAAUUGUGUCAGAUGGUAACUAUACUAUUGAUGUGCCUCUUUUUGCCUUCCCUCCUCAAGCUGCGUAUUUUUAACAUUUAAUUCAAUAUAGCAUAGUUUUUGAGCCAUUUAUAAAUUUGGGAUUUGUUCGUGUAGGAAAGGAGAAAGUGGAUAAUAUAUACUUUAAGAAUGAAGGUCGAUCGACAGGUAAAGUAGAACUAAAAAUUGAUCGUUUGCCUGAUUUCAGAAUAGAGCCAACUUCAUUUAGUUUGGGAGCAGGACAAGAAUAUGCGGUUAAGGUAUUUUAUAAACCUAAAGAUGCUGGUAUUUUCAGAGGUUUAGUAGAAGUAAUUGCAGAUGGUUAAAGUCUCCAGAAAACUAUAGACAUUAAUGCAACAUCAAUAGAGUUUACUCGUUUUUUGAUCGACGAUACUGGAGUUCAAAACAAUUUCUUUGAUUUUGGUUAGAUUUACUACGGAUAAUUCAAGCAGAUUGAAACAUAUUUAGUCAAUAACACUCCCAAGUAAUAAAAAUUUAAGGUGAAACUGAAGAAGGGUUUGCAUUAAUAAGAAGAUGCCCUUAAACUGUAGACUCCUGCUGAACUAGGUCUUGAAUAGACAGAAAGAAUUAUGGAAUGCUAUCCAGAAGAAGGAGUUUUGGAAAGCUAUUCAUAGGUUGCGAUAGUUUUUAAAUGCAAACCUAAAGUUUCAGAAGAGCAAUAAGUAUGGACAAGAUCAUUUGCAUUAUCUCCUGAACAAUUGAAACCAGAUUAUGAUGAAUAUCAUUAUUCAGCAAUUUUUGACUUUUAAGACAAUGAGCCAUUGAUGAAUCAUUUGCAGGUAAGAUGCAUUUGUCCUACAAUUAAAUUUCCACCAACCCCAAUUUUAUAAUUUGGAUUGUGUCCUGCUAACUAAAACAAAGAGAUUGUUUUUGAAGUUACUAAUAAAUAGACAGAUCUGCCAAUUCAAAUUCAUUGGCCUGUUGUUCCUUAUUUCUAAGUUAAUCCAACUUUGUCAAUUUUGUAACCAGAAGAAAAAUAAAACUUUUGGGUCAGUUUCAAACCUAAGCACACUGGGAACUUCACAACUGUUAUUAAUGCUGAAUUGCUUGGGGGAAUCUUCAAAAUUCCUGUGAGGUUAGCAGGUGUGAGUUAAUAAUUUACAAAUAAACAAUAAGUUAAAAGGGGUCCAGAAUCACUCCCUGAGGAUUUUGAAAUGAAGCACACUAUAACUAAAGAAUAAAGUAUAAGCAAUAUUAAAUCAAUUGAGAAGGUUUAGACUUUAGAUAUUUCACAAUCAGUUUAGUCACUGGUUCAACAAGGAAUUUCAUUAGACAAAAUUGAAGAGUUAAAGCAAAAGUCAUUAAAUAAAGAGAUAUAUAAUGAAUAUUUAAAAAUGCAUAGGGAAUAAAGGCUUAAGAAGGUUAAGGAUAAGAAAAUAAAACAGAAAUUUACUUAAAUGAAUGAACGUUUGAAGGAAAUCAAAUAAGAAACUGUAAAACCCUCUGGAGGCACUAAAAAAUAAGAACAAGAAGAAGAACCUAAGCCAGAACCACCUAUUGAUUAUGAAUUUGCAGUUGGCAUGCAAGAUGAUGGAUACGAACAAGAAUUACCAUUACCAGAAGCCAAUGAAACUCUAUUCGUGACUAAACCAAUCUUCCAUUAUGAACCACUUAAUUAAAAUUAAUUAAAAGAAGGAAAACAGCUUAAGCCUUUUGAACCUGACCUUAAAAACAUAUAAAAAAAAAAAUUCCCUUUUGAACCUAAAACUCACAGUGAAAUCAGGGAUACAAGUGCUGAAUUAAAUGCAGAUUAAUUAUAAAAAAUAUAAGCUGGGCCUGUUAAAAUAGAAUUUGGGAAUGUUUACAUAAAAAGUACUGUAAUUAAAUACUUUUAUGUGAGAAAUGAUCUCAGGAAUUCUAUUAGCGUAAGAUUACAUACUGACAAGGAAGAUUUCAAUUAAUCUUACAUUAAACCAUAGAUCAUUCCUAGUGGUUAGACUGCAUAAUUUGAUGUCAUACUUUGUUCAAAAUAACUAGGAUAGAUCAAAACACAUCUAAAAUAUGUGAUAAAUGAGAAUCAUAUUUUUGAAUUUUUGGUCUAAGCAAAUAUUGAGAGAGUGUACUUAGAGAUGAAUAGAACUCAAAUCAAAUUUGGUUUUAAUGAAGAUAACAAUGAAAUGGAAACUGCUGAAAUUGUUCGUUUAACAAAUAAUGGAAAUGCAGAAGCCAAAUUUAGGUGGAUAACUACUGAAAAAAAGAUUUUCUAUGUCCAGCCUGAAUCAGGAGUUGUACAGAGUGGUAAAUAUCUGGAAUGUUAAGUGAUUUACAAACCAAGUUAGUUAUAACCUCUACCCGAAGUUAAGUAACCAGUCACCUCACAAUAGUAAUAAUAAUAAGACAAAAAUACUUAAGGUUAAUAAUAACAAUAAUAGUAAUAAUAAUAAUAACAAUAACAAUCAAUAAUACCUUAAUAGUAAGCGACUGUUGCCACUAUUAGGAACGAGGAAGAAAAAUUAUUAUUAAAAACAGAAGAUGGAUUGGAUUAGAACAUUAAAUGUACUGGAGUUGUUUCUGAACCUAAAUGUGCUAUAAAAUAAGCUGUUAUAGAUUUUAAGGAAAUAGUUGUUUGUAAGUAGGAAACAAAGGUGUUAACUUUAAAAAAUCUAUCUAAAAGUUCUGCAGUUUUUUAGGUUCAAACCUCUAAGCUUCCAGAAGGAAUUGAGGUUUACCCUAUCAAAGGAAAAAUAAGUUCAGAAGACUCCAGAGAUUUAUAAGUUAAAUUCCUUUCUAAAGAUGAAAGAAUAAUAAAAGGAGAUAUUAUAAUCUUAAUAAGAGGAGGAAAGUAACUACAAGUACCUGUUGUUGGGUCAGCUAUAAUACCAAAAAUUGAAAUUGUGGAGGAAGAGUUUGAUUUUGGUAAUAUAACUACUUUGGGAACAAGUAAUUAAUUGACUAUGACUUUGGUCAAUAAUUCCACCAUUCCAGUUGAUUUGGUCUUGGAUUUAAGACAUUAGAACGAGAAUCCUAGAGCCCCUGAUGGAAUUGAUUGUUUAGAAGUAAAACCAUAAGAUGAAGAUGACACUAUUUUACAUUCAAUUCACCCUGAGAAUGAAGAUGAACCAGCUCCAAAAUUAGAUGAGUCGUUGGACAACCAAUCUGAAAAAUCUGAAUAAAUUGAUUUGGAAACUAAGGAAUACAGAUCCUACAAUUUAACUAUCUUGCCUGGCAAAACAUAGGUUUUCUUGAUGAAAUUUUCUCCUAAAGAUGUUAAACAUUAUCAAUUUGAUAUGCCAAUUACCUUAGCAAGAUUUAAUCAGAAUUUACCUUCCUUAACUAGAAGAGUAUCUUGCAAAGGUCUGAAACCUAAAUUUUUAGUUGAACCCCAAUCAAUUGAGUUUAAAAAGAAGAUAAUCACGUCUCCUGAUAAAUGUUAUCCUACAGUUGAAGAGAUUAAAUUAUCAAACCCAGAUAGGAAGGAUGUAAAAUGGCGUAUAGAUACUUCACCAUUGAAAAUUGAAAAAAUAUUUACUAUAGAGCCUAGUGAAGGAAUAGUUGGGUCUGGAUAAUAGGUAAGAAUUAGAGUUAAAUUCAAUCCAUAUGGGCCAGGAGUAUUUUAAUCAACUGUUUCACUCUACAUAGAAUCUGAUCCUGACAUACCAAAGACAUUGCCAUAUGUUGAUUUGCUUAUUCAAGGAUCAGGAGCAUAUCCCAGAUUAUUAUUUGAUAAAAAAGAAGUCAUUUUGCCAGUGGUACCUUUGAAUGUAGUUUCAAAAUGCUCAUUCAAAAUAAUUAACGACGGCUAUGAGAAUUUGAAUUUAAAACAUAAUUGGUCAAGCGAGACAAGUAAUUUUUACUUGGAACUAAAAUUUCCAGAAGGUCAAACUUUGGGAGUUGCAAAAAGUAAAUUAAAAGUAGAUGUGUAUUUUUCUCAUAAAAAACCAAUAUCAUUUACUACGCGAGCAGAAUUCUAAGAUGAAGGCAGAGUCUACUCCAUAUAUGUUUCUGGGACAACAGAUAAUUGUUUAUUGACUAAUUAGAUAUACUUGUAGAGAAUACAAAAGUAUCAAAUGGUAGCAGAUGAAAAAAAGCCAUUGCUGUUUUAAGAAGAUGAUGGUGCGGACAGUGAUAAUGAGAAAAUGAAACGAAAUCACACUAUGUCUGUAAAAAGUACAACUAGUUCAAAAGGGACAUCACAUUUAGGUUAUCGACCUUUAGAUGCUGAAACCUAGAAUGAAGCUUGUGAUUAUAUAAUGAGAUGGAUGAAUUAUCAUGUUCUUACACAACCGAUUAACAAAUUUCCUGAAGACAUUGUGACAAGUUUCGGUUAACAAAUAUUUGAAUUAUUAACUUUUCUAACAGGCAAAAUCAAUUUCCAGUAUAAAGCAUAGAUAGAUCAAAACUGGAAACGCCAACAAAAGGCAGAAGCUUAAUUUAAAUAAUAUGAUGAAUUAGUAAGACAACUAAAAAUUGAGGGAGCCCUUCUGAAUCACAUAAGAUCAGAAUAUCUAUUAGGACAUAAUGAUUAUAAUGCUUGGUUAAAGACACUGCCUAAAGAGAAAUAUGAGUUUGUACCAGAUAAUAGGCUAUAACUAAGUUAAGCUAAAUACAACUAUUUACACUAUGAUGCAUGGAUUUCGACAUUCUAUCAAAUAAUUAAAAUAUAUUAUCUCAAUAGAAUAACAGCAAAGUCAUUCAAAUAACUACCUGGAAUUCCAGCCGAGAGAUUGAACAUUCCAGAUUACUAUUUAGAUGGAUCCAAUAUAAUUUCUCAUGCGGAAGGUGUUAUUCUUUGGUUCUAUGAAGUUUGUUACGAGCAACAACAUACAGGACAGGUAAGAAGGAUAAGCAAUUUUGCAUCUGAAUUCAGAGACAGCUUACUUAUAGCAGAUGCAGUGACUUAAUUUAUUGGUUCUAGUAUGCAGAAGUUCUUUAGCAAUUUAAGGACUAAUCUAUAGAGUGAGGAUGAUUAUCGACACAAUGCAGAUAAAUUAAUGCCUGCUUUGAGUGAUUAUGGUUUACAAUCGCAUGUCCAAGCCAGAGACAUCUACCAUAAACCUUACCCUCGAGAAAUGUUAAUGAUGUUAGUCCAACUAUUCUUUUCUCUUCCUCAUUAUGUAGCUUAGAAGGAACCCAUCAUCUUUUAAUGUAUAUUGGGAGAAGAAGUAAUAAAAUCAAUUGAAUUAAGAAAUCCGACUCCAAAACCCAUAAGCUACUUUGUUAAAUACGAGGGUCAUCCUGACUUUUAAUUAGAGGGUGACGAAAGCAUCAAAAUCGAACCAGACAUACCUUACAAUUACAAGGUUAAAUUCACUUCUCGUAUUUCUCUGCCUGUUACUGGAAGAGUGAUUUUCACAAACAAAAAGGAGACAAAUGUUUAGGCAGCAGCAUUAGUAUUUGAUUUGAAAAGUAAUAUCACAGGAAGGAAGUCUGAAAAGUAAUGGAAUGUAAGUUCAAUCUUGUAUGAGAUAUUUGACUUCCAGAUUUAAAUUACUAAUAAGUUUCCACAAGAUGGAGAGUUCUAGAUUUAGGUAUUGCAUGAGAAGAAGUAACUUGAACAGAGGGGGAAGAAGAAGAAAGCUCCUCCAGCAAAAGAUGCUCCUCCUGAAGAAGAAUUCCCUUCGUUCUUCUGUACAAUUGAUAGACAAAGAAUUAGAAAGAAUUAAACAAUAAACUUUUCAUUGACCUAUAUUCCAUUAACAAUAGAUACGCACAAAUGUUCACUCAUUUUUACAGAUCCAAAUGUAGGUGAAUUCCAACAUGAUUUAUAAGGCACAGUUGAAUUGCCUAAUAUAAUAGGAGAAUUCAAGCCAGACAAAUCAUUGUAUGUCGAUAGUACCUAAACGAUUUCAUACACGAUUCCCUUUAGAAAUGAAUAGUUGGCUCGAGCUCGUAGCUAAAUUCAAUAAUUGGUUUAGAUGAAAUAAAAAGAUAGAUAUUUGAAAGGAGACAAAUAGGCCUCAACAUUAACUGCAUCUAAGCUCAACUUCCCGGGUUCUAAUUUGGAUAUCAUAACAUUCGAAGUAGAAAUCUAUCCACCAACAUAAUACUUGAAUCUUCCUCCUACAUUACAAAUAACUGAUUUAAAUAAACAAACAAAGAAGCCAGGAACUGAGAACAUUGAUUGUAAGUUACCAAUUCUAUAUGCAUUCAAAAAUGCUACAAAAGAUUUUAGUGUAAUCCUAACUCUAAGAAAUAAAUUCGAUAUCAGAAGAUAUAAAUUGUCAGCAAUAGUAUUACCUAAGAUUGUUAAGGCAAUGUUAGAAUUUAGAGUACCUGCACGAUAAUCUGUAACCUAAGAAAUCCCUAUAGUAAAUCAGACAGAUAGGGAUUGGUAAAUAAAAGUUUAAUUAUCAGAGUCCAAGGGGCUAUUCUCCUGUCCUUAGAGAGACUUCUUUGUCAAAAAAAAAGCCACCAGCAACUUCCCAAUUUCUUUUAGUCCAUCUUGGUUGUAAGAGAGUGAAGCUAAAUUGGUAUUAACAAAUCCAACGACCAAUGAUGUUUUCGAGUAUGAUCUUAAAGGCUAUGGGGAAGAACCAGUAGCGGAGGAACAUAUAAUUCUGAAUUGUUAAGCAAGAAAAGUUACGAAGAAAGAAAUUGAAUUGAAGAAUCCAACAGAUAGAGCAAUCACUUAUGCUGUAGAAACAGAUUUGAUCUAUGCAACAGGACCAUCCUAAAUAGUUAUUUAACCAUAAAAGAAAGCCACUUAUGUCUUGUAAGUACAGCCAGUUUUAAGUGGUUAAUAUACAGGAUCAAUCACAUUUACUGAUGAACAAGGACAUUAUUUAUGGUACACAGUAUUCAUGAAUACUGAGUCUCCAAAAUCUGUUCAAACCCUUGAGGUGUCUUGUUUGAUUAGAUAAGCCACUGUUAUUCAAUUAACACUUGCUAAUCCUCUUACAGAAACUGCAAUUUAUGAAGUUAUGAUUAAUGGAGAAGGUUUAAUUGGAGAAGAGCAAUUUGCAAUCGGAGCUAGAAAAGAGGCUGCAUAUGAAUUAACCUUUGCUCCUUUAAAAAUUGGAAGAUGGAGAGGCAGUGUUGCAUUUGUAAAUAGACUUUUAGGUGAAGUCUGGUAUGAAUUCAUCCUUACUUGUGAAGACUAACCCAUUGUUAGAUUGAAUGUAUUAAAAGCCUCGUUGGGUAAAGUUGAACAAUAGGUUGUCGUUCUUGAAAAUCCUUCUGAUUAAAAGAUAUAAGUCUAAUGCAGAAUCACCAAUCCUACGAAUUUUGAUAUAUAUCCUGAUGAACUACAAAUACAACCAUAUGAUUCUUUAAAGGUUGCCUUGAGAUAUACUCCAUCCUCAUUAGAUAUCAUCGAAUAAUCAGAUAUCAUUUUUACUUCACCAAUUGGCAAAUGGCAUUAUUUAGUCUUCGGAAGUGGAUUGCCUCCCACUAAAUUCCCAGCAACCACUGUUAGUAUUGGAUUAAACAAAGACUAUAGUUCAGUCAUUCAUUUUAAAAAUCCAUUCAAAGAACCUAUUUAAGUUUCCAUUUCAUUGGAUGCUGAAGGUCAUAACCAAGAAGUCUUUAAGUUGUUGCUUGUCAGAAAUCAAAAGAACGAUAAAACUCUUGUUCCAGGAAUGAAUGUUCUUCAAGUCCCAUUCUCAUUUGUACCCAGAGAAAUUACAAGCUAUUAUUGUGAAGUAGUCAUCUCUAUGAAUGAGAAGAUCUAAUGGCAUUUCCCAGUUAAGGGAGUUACUGAAUCUGUCUCGACUUAGACUCUAUUUCACUUCAAAGCUAAAUGUAGAGAAAAAUGGGAAGAUGAAAUCAAAGUAGGGUUACAAGGAAUUGCAUAGAGUUUGUAAGCAGACGAUAAGUUUGACUAUGAAUUAGGUGGAAUGCCUUUGGAUUUAUAGACUAUGAUUUAGAAAUGCUUUACAAUCAAGUGUCUAAAGAAUCACCUUGACAGUCCUCAUGAUAAUUUGCUUUAUUUUGUAAGGUUUCAACCCAUGAAACCCUUCAAGACAUCUAUGGAGUUUAUAGUGCUUAGACAAUCAGGUGGAAGAUGGAAGUACAAAAUAUAGCUUGAAGCUACUGAACCCGAAGAAGAUGAUACAAUUUUAAUUAGUUCUCCACUAAAUAAAACAACCAGUGUUUCAUUUAAAUUAACGAAUAAAACUAAAAACUAUAGUAAAUUUACAGCAGCCUUUUCUCCUGAGUCAGAUGCUGAAUUUUCUGUCAUCCCUAAAAUUGGAGACUUAGAACCUUAUGGAAGAGAGGGAACUACGUUUAUCAUUAGUUUUACACCAGUUGAAUAUGGCAAGAUUAGAAAAGGUAAAUUGAUAAUUUAGACUGAAGAUAUGUAUUGGUAAUUCUUUUUUUGUUAAAUUUAGGUCAUAUUCUAUUAGAGGUGUAUUACCAAGGUACGUCCCUCCUCAGAUUAAGUAAUCAUUAGUUGAUAAUAAAUAAUUAUAAUAAUCAUAAGUUCAAAUGUCGAUGACUUUGAGUAGAAACUUUGUUGUGGAUAAUAUAAAGAAAGCAAGACAAUUAUCACCAAAAAGUGCUCGUAAUUAAUUGAGUUUACCAUUAAUUGAAAAAAAGUGA